CUUCUUCAGGCCGCCUCUGCAGGAUGUGAGAAAGCCACAACACUAAACACUUCGCUGACAACCGAAAACACGACGAGAACUGAACAGGAGGAAAGUUUAAAGAUCAACAGCUUGACGCUCGGCUGCAGACGAACAUGGCUCUGUUCUUCUCCGGAGCGGUUACAAGUUCACCCAUAAAACGGCGGUUGCGAGGCCAUCAAUCCUGUCAGAGCCUCGACGUUUCUCUCCUCUCUCCCGACUCUUCGUACGUCUGUUACUCGUCUGCCGGUGGCGGCGAUCCCUGCAGCUGCCGGCGCUCACCGCGCCUCCUCACCAACGGAUACUACGACGUGACGGAGGACAGCUUCUCCUGGGACGACGACGGCAACGUGUCGCUGACGCCCUGCAAAACCAACGUUUCCUACAAGGAGAACCUGGUCAGGGUGUUUCGCCGCAGACGGAGACCUCGCAGCUCUCUGGCUCGACUGCUCAGCGACGUGACAGAGAGCUGCCAAUCAUGGCUGGACGAGAACGUGUUCAGAGGCGUCUUCAGGAUGGAGCAGAACCAGAACCAGGAGCGGGAGCGGGAGCAGGACCGUGAGCAGGACCGUGAGCAGGAGCGAGACUGUGACUGGACCAGAACCUGCCAGGAAGACUGCUCCUCCCUUCUAGACGAGUCCACCUGGUCCAGAUUCAACAGCACCGAGCUGGACGACAGUCGCAGUUUCCUGUACGAUCACACUGAGGUCGCGCCGCCUCCUGACAAAGUAGCCCCGCCCCCGAAGAUACUCAUCCACGAGGAGAUUUGCUCUGAGAUCUGUCAAUCAAAGGAGACGUUCACACAGACACUGGCCGGCCUGUCAGAAGUCCCGCCUCCCUCGCUCUUCUACACCAACACCUGCUGCUGCCAGACCUCACCUGAACCCACAGGAUUAACCAUGAAGACAAUUCUGCUUUUCAUCUUCACCAUCUUCAUCUUCACGGCUCUUUACUCGGGGUGUCUGAUGUGGAGCGCGACUGUUGCAUCGACUGUGUUCAUGAUGAUCACAACGUUUAUGUUCGUGACGAGGUCGGGUCCGAUGGGCGAGUGGCGGAGGGCGAAGACGGAGGACAUUACGUCAAGAAACGAGUAAAAAGAGGCGAGACCGACAGAAGAGGACUGAUGGGGAACUCAGUAGAAAUAUUUUACAUUUCACAAACUGUCUGCAUGUAAGUUGCACUUAAAGGACUUAAAGAGUUACACUGAGCUCUGGAGAACAUUUUACAGAAGCGCCUGACACUUUGACAAACUUAAAAUUACUACUUUUUGAAUGUAAAUCUUGAUCUAAAUAUCAUGUUUGAGCUGGGAAGUGUU